UCAAGAUUCCUGAUUCAACAUUGUUCUCGAAGUGCAGCGGCAUAAUCAGGAAUUAGAACUUUGUUUGAUUUGCUCCUUUGACAUGCAGCUCCGACUUGCCAUGACGCAGAAAGUGAGACACGAAAAUUUGAACUCACGUCGCAUUGACGGUGUCUGUAUUAUACGCUGCGCAUCGCUCUUGCGUUUUCAAGAAGCCGUUGCGCAAGCAGAGCUGUGUCGCUCGCUCAUCAACGAAUGAAAGGGACAGCGAGGGCAAGUGCGAAAAGUAUAGUCGAGCAGCAACCGGCUCAAAGUCGACACUUCCUGUCGUGAUUGGGAGAGGAAUUAAUCAAGCAAUUGCGUUCGAACGAAUUUCGCUCUCGCUCCCGUGACGGCAAUCACGACUCUGGUAAGGUGAUCGGGGCGGCCCGCUCUUUGGACGCGGUCGCCUGGCUGAAGACUUUCAAGAGGCCGCGAGAGGUGCAUUGCGUCUCCGAUCCUCGAGCGCCUCAAGAAGGUUGUGUGUGAGCGCAGCCUCAUUCGAUCAAAAUGCGACAUUGCAGUCGUGGACUGGGUGAACGGCCGGGGCGCUGAAUAGGAACAACAGCACCUCCUCCGCAUGUUACGCGAAACCAGCUCGAGUUUUGUAGACGCGCGGCCCGCUCAGGAUGACGGUGGGUGCCGCCCCCUACCCGACCGAGCAUGGUUGGCACAGGCGCUCCAAUCUCAUUUCAUCGAGGAGGGUCACACUGAUCCAUUAGCCAACAAACCACCUGAGGUGGCGGACUGCUUUGCGAAUGCAGAGUCGGUAGCGACUCCAAAGCAUGCGAGCAGUUAGCGGCAGUUAUGGCGAUGGACCUCCUUCCGAUUGGAUUGAUGGCUGGUCUCAUUGCAACCUUGCCGCUGGGUACGGGUACGAGUACAGUGUAGUAUGCUUGGUGUCGUUAUGUGACGCGCGAGCCUGUAGAUC